GCAGGGAGCUGGGAACAGACUGCCCCGGGCUUGGCCCACGGGCCACGGAGCCUGUGCGCGGGGUGCGCCCCGAGGAACCGGCUGCCAGCCCGCACGGAGGCACGGCCCACUGCGCUCCCGCUGCCGAGAGGCGCCUGGGGGCAGGGGGCUCGGGGCUGCCGAUGGGCCAGAGCCUCCUGCCCCCAAGGAGGGGAUGGCCCUGAAACCCACGCCCAGGCCAGGGCAGCUGUGGCAGAGGUGGGGUCCCGGGGCUCCUGCACAGCCAGGGCAGUGGCAGGUCCUGCAAGAAGGGAGUUCACCGGAAACUUCCCAGGAGCUGCAUGUGCCCUCCCCACCCCUCGUGACCUCCCGGUGGGGUGGGCAGCAUGGAGCCAUGGGCAUGGAGGUUGCGGGGAAGGCUCCAAAAGCCAUCCCGGUGGGGAGCAGGCACCCGGGAGAGCCUUGCAUGCAGCCCCCGUGGGGGGCAGUGCCCAUACCCAGGGGCCCAGCUGGCACCUCCAGGCCCUGAAGGGGGUAGAGGGUGUCAGGGUCUACACCAACCUUGACCCAAGCAGUCACUCGGUACUGGUGCCCAUGACCUGGCACCCCACAGAGCACGGCAGUCCCUGCCCAGGCCCCCAGUGGUUGGCUGCAGGUAGCUGUGGCUGGUGUUGCUGGUCCCAGCCAGCUGUGACAGGGAUGGCCCUGGGUGCAGGGGGUGGGGGACGGCACUGGUGCUGGGGAGGUUUGAGCACACAAGGCUGCUCCAGCCCAAGGCAUGUCUGCAGAGAUGCCUGUGGCUGGAGCAGGGGGACAGGGAGGGCAGGCAGGGCCUGGGGCCUGCCCAGCUUCCUCCAUUCCCUGGGCCAGACCUGGGGUUGUCCUCUCCACCAGGCUAAGAAUAGCUGUCUGAUGGAGACGGGCUAUUUUUAGCCGGCUAGCAGGUGACCACUGCCCCGUGGUGGGGACCAUGCAAGACUGGCACCCACCACACUUGGAGCCAGGGGAAGGGCAGGAGCUCAGCUUCGACAUCGAGAAUGGCCUGGCAUCCGCACGGAGCCCACUGGACCCCCAGGCCAGCCCCAGCGCGGGACUCGUGCUGCAGGGCCCUUUCCCGCACAGCCAGCGGCGCGAGUCCUUCCUGUACCGCUCUGACAGCGACUAUGACCUCUCCCCCAAGAGCAUGUCCCGCAACUCCUCCAUCGCCAGCGACCUGCAUGGAGAAGACAUGAUCGUCACACCCUUCGCACAGGUCUUGGCCAGCCUGCGCACUGUCAGGAGCAAUGUGGCCGCACUGACACACCUGCAGGACCGCGUCACCAACAAGAGGACGACCAGCAACAACCCAGCACCCACCUGCAAGCCCAGCCUCUCCGAGGAUGCCUACCAGAAGCUGGCUGUGGAGACGCUGGAGGAGCUGGACUGGUGCUUGGACCAGCUGGAGACCCUGCAGACCCGGCAUUCGGUCGGCGAGAUGGCCUCCAACAAGUUCAAGAGGAUGCUGAAUCGGGAGCUGACGCACCUGUCAGAAACCAGCCGCUCAGGGAACCAGGUCUCCGAGUACAUCUCCAGCACCUUCCUGGACAACCAGCAUGAGGUGGAGAUUCCCUCCCCGCCGCCCAAGGAGGACAAGGAGCAGGCGCAGCGCCCCAUGUCGCAGAUCAGCGGUGUGAAGAAGCUCAUGCACAGCUCCAGCCUCAGCAGCGCCAGCAUCCCACGCUUCGGCGUCAAGACCGACCAGGAGGGGCCCCUGGCCAAGGAACUCGAAGACGCGAACAAGUGGGGCCUUGACAUGUUCAAAGUGGCCGAGUACUCGGGGAACCGCCCGCUCACGGUCAUCAUGUACACCAUCUUCCAGGAGCGAGACCUGAUGAAGACCUUCCGCAUCCCGCCCGACACCUUCAUCACCUACAUGAUGACCCUGGAGGACCAUUACCACGCCGACGUGGCCUAUCACAACAACAUCCACGCUGCUGACGUGGCCCAGUCCACCCAUGUGCUGCUGUCCACGCCGGCGCUGGAGGCGGUGUUCACGGACCUGGAGAUCAUGGCUGCCAUCUUCGCCAGCGCCAUCCACGACGUCGACCACCCAGGCGUUUCCAACCAGUUCCUCAUCAACACCAACUCAGAGCUGGCGCUGAUGUACAACGAUGCCUCCGUCCUGGAGAACCACCACCUGGCCGUGGGCUUCAAGCUGCUGCAGGAGGAGAACUGCGACAUCUUCCAGAACCUCAGCAAGAAGCAGCGGCAGUCGCUGCGCAAGAUGGCCAUCGACAUGGUGCUGGCCACAGACAUGUCCAAGCACAUGAACCUGCUGGCAGAUCUGAAGACCAUGGUGGAGACCAAGAAGGUGACCAGCCUGGGCGUCCUGCUGCUAGACAACUACUCGGACCGCAUCCAGGUGCUGCAGAACAUGGUGCACUGCGCAGACCUGAGCAACCCCACAAAGCCGCUGGAGCUGUACCGGCAGUGGACGGACCGCAUCAUGGUGGAGUUCUUCCACCAGGGCGACCGGGAGCGGGAGAAGGGCAUGGAGAUCAGCCCCAUGUGCGACAAGCACACGGCCUCCGUGGAGAAGUCCCAGGUCGGCUUCAUCGACUACAUUGCACACCCGCUAUGGGAGACCUGGGCCGACCUGGUGCAUCCAGACGCCCAGGAGAUCCUGGACACGCUGGAGGACAACCGGGAGUGGUACCAGAGCAUGAUUCCCCGCAGCCCCUCGCCCCCGCCCGAGGCUCCAGAACCCAGCCCAGACAAGUUCGAGUUGGAGCUGACGCUGGCGGAGGAGGGCGAGUCGGAGCCCGAGGAGGCUGAGAGCCCGCUGGAGGAGGACACCAGUGGCAGCAACUCCAAGACGCUGCCCAUGGAUGACUCUGAAUCUACAGAAACUGAGCUGCUGUCGGCCAGCUCUGCCGGGCAGGACUCGCCACCCCCGGGGCAUGGCAGCCCCCACCGCAGCGCGCCAGCCCGGCAGGAGCAGGCUUUGAACUUUGACCAUCGGGGGCCUGGGCUGAGGACGCUCUCGCCACCCGAGGGCAGCGCCCCCCCAGAGCCGGGCCGCGGGGGCAGCCAGGGGGACAGGGAGAUGCACCUGGACUCUGAGGGCAACGUCACAUUCCUGCCGCUGGGGACGUAACGCCGCUGGCACAGUGCCCACAGCUCUGCCUGCAGCCACGCGGGGACUGGGCCCCACUGGGCUGUUAAUAAAGGGAGAGAGAGUGGGGCCAUCCUCUCCCCGCCCUGGAGAGACCCCCGAGGCCUGGGCGCUGGAUUGCAUGGCCCCUGCCCUGCUCCUGCCCCUGCCCCACUGAGGCCCAGGGAGUGCCCUGGAGCCUGGCACAAGGUGAGAGCGCAGCUGGCUCUGACGGCUCCUAGCUCAGGGCCCCGGGCCAGGACUGUCCAGCUGCUGGGGGCAGUCAGGGGCCCCGAGGCCUCCCGUGUGCUGCUGGGGCCCUGGGAAGAGCCUUUUACCUGGGAGCCCCCACCCCAUGUCUCUCCCAUCGGCCUCACUCUGUGCAAGCUGGUCCUGGGCACCCUGCACUUAGCCGUGCCCUGGCAGCCCUGGCGGGGUGAUGACCCUGUGUCCUGAGAAGCCAGCCCUGGGGCCCUGCUUUGUGGCUCGCUUUACUUGGCCGGCCGGCCCCAGGUGAGCGGCUGGGGGAGGGGGCUCCCCAGGGCUGGGCACAGCGACCUCCCCCAGGGCCUGUGGAUGCCAGCCCGGCCUGGCUGCCUCUGGACCCCUGUUCCAGGGCUGCCCCAGCCUCGCUCGCCCCAGGGCGCCUGCACCUCUGCCACCCCAGCACGGCCCCCCACUUCUGAAGGGCUCUGGCUGCGUGGGCCCAGGGAAGCCAGCGCUGCCGGGGCCCUACUGGCGCAGGGAGGGCCACAGCCCUGGUCUGCCCCUGCCCCAGGGUUUGCAGCAGCCACCGCUGAGUCCUGUCCGGCCCCAGCUCCUCGCACGGCCCCGUGCAUCACAGUGCUGGGGCAACCAGGCCCAAGCCCGCAGGCAGUGGGCUGCUGCUCCCGUGCAGGCUCCUCUAGCUUAUGCCACCGACUGAGCAACCAGCCCUGCCAGGAUGGUGCCACGGCCAGCCGGUCCCUGGGGACGGCAUGGAGCUGACAAGGGGCCGUGCCCUGGGCCCGGGCCGGGUCGGCGUGACCCCGGGGGCCUCUGCUUCGCGUGAGAGGGGAGCGGCGCUGGGGCUCGGGGCGCAGGACAGGAGCCGAGCAGAGCGGGCGCGGCGGUGGUUUAAUUUAUUGGGGACGGGUUCACUUUUUAACCCUUUUGUAGCGCCCUUUUCGCGGCCCCCGCUCCCCGUGUUGUACUCGGGCCGGCGCGGCGCGGCGCGGCGCGGCGCGGCGGGGGGGGCUCGUCCCUCUCGC